UUAAAUCUGAUUAGCAGUGUUCCGCAUUCUAGGAAUGCGGAACACUGCCAAUUUACCGUUGGGAGCUGGUCUCCCAACGGUAAAUUAAAUGCGUUCCGCAUUCAUGGAAUGCGGAACGCAUUUAAUUGGCCGUUGGGAGACCAGCUCCCAACGGUGAGGCUGCCUAUAAAAGGGAUGGGGGGUUUUUGAUUUGUAAGAAAAAAUAGUUACUAAAUCAAAGAAAAAAAAUGAGAGUAGAGGGGAGAAAAAAAAGUAGUUUCGAGGUUAUAUUUUGAAAAAUAUUUCGGGAAAAAGUUGGAAGAAGUUAUAUUUCGGAGCUAAACGGAUCUAUUCGUGAAGUGUUAUAUUUUUUAUUCGAUAUUUAUUUAAAGGACUACAAGAGAAAUGACGAGUCCAAAUAUAUCUUUGUUGAUAUGGUGUGAUGGCCGUAUUGUGAGUUCUCCGUGUGGAAUAGAAUACCACGGGGGUCGUCCGGUUAAUAUGGCGCUUAGCGAGAGAAUGAGUUUCGAGGAAUUACAAAAUAUUUGUAGAAGAGCAGUUUCUACCGACGGGGAAGUAGAAAUUUCAAAAAUCUACUUCCGGCUUCCAAGAAUAGUUGAGGGUGCGAUACGGUCGUACUCGUUGUUUUCUGUGGAGAAUAACGAGCAUGUGUUUGGAAUUCUGAACGAGGUCGUGCGGUAUCCGCAACUCGAGAUUUUGGAAUUGUACGUGGAAUACGAGGCCGUGGUUCGCAACAAGACUUUACUAGAUCAGUUGGUCUUAGGUGAUUCAAGCGGGUCUGAGAGGGGUAGUGGUGAAGAGGAAGAAGAGGAAGAAGAGGAUUUCUACGACAGCAACGAAGAGGAUGUCGAGGAAGACUUAGGAGCAGAUUCACAAUAUGAGUCGCAACUUCCUGAGCAUGUAAGAACGGCGGAUCUUUGCGACUUUGACGUCGCCCCAGAGGAUGAUGAAAAGAUUAUGUGGGAUCCUGGGAUGGAAUUCCGAGUAGGGAUGGUAUUCCCAAAUCGCGAUGCCGUCCGAGCUUGUGCGACUACUUAUUCGGUCGGGGUGGGAAGAGAGUUCAAGGGUCGCCGGACUACCAACUCGACAAUAGUGUUGGCUUGCAGGCAGAACCCUGUAUGUAAAUGGUGGCUGCGCGCUACACUUCUGCAAGCAACUCAGACGUGGACGUUGACAAAAUAUAUUGGCCCGCACACGUGCAAUCAGCUGUUACCUGAUCCAAACCAUCGGAAUUUUGGGUCUGUUGCAAUCGCAGACUAUAUCAAGGGUCAAGUAAAGCUGCAACGUGAUAUACGGAUCGAUACCCUCAGAGCUGGAAUUUGGCAACAACUUGGAGUUAGGCCUCCGUAUAAACGAACCUGGAAUGCAAAGGAAAAGGCAAUAGCUGAUGUUUACGGUGGCUGGUAUGAAUCAUUUGGUAUGGUUCACAAGUUCAUGAACGAGAUGAUGCAUGUCAACCCUGGAUCUUUCUGGGAUGCAGAAGGCGCUGAGGUGUACACCGACGGGAUCCUUCAGCCGAAAGUCGUAACGUUCAUCCGAAUGUUCUGGACUUUCAAACCGACAAUUGAAGGGUUUCGUUUUUGCAAGCCAGUUUUGUUCGUCGACGGUACUCAUUUGUAUGGCAAAUACAAAAUGACCUUGUUGAUCGCGUCGGCAAUCGAUGGUACCCAGACAGUUUCACUCGAUCACAGACAGCUCGCGGCACCGACGAGAGACUCACGGUUUGAGGGUACAGAGACCGAGGACUCGUAG